UUUUGUGCGAGAAUCCGCAGCGCCGCCUCCCUGCUCGCGCCUCGCCGCCGCUGCCGCCGCUGCCGCCGCUGCCGCCGCCGCCUCUGCGUCUUCCUGCGCACCGGGCUUCCGCCGCUUCAUUGAUUUCCGUUUCUCGCCGCUGCAGCCUCCUGACACGGUGAUCCGGGCGGGCCCCGCAGGAAUUUUAUCCCCUCACCGGCCUCACACUAGUGUCGCAUGUCCACUAUCCAGAACCUCCAAUCUUUCGACCCCUUUGCUGAUGCAACUAAGGGUGACGACUUACUCCCGGCAGGGACUGAGGACUACAUUCAUAUAAGAAUCCAGCAGCGCAACGGCAGGAAGACGCUGACCACUGUGCAGGGCAUUGCAGACGAUUAUGACAAAAAGAAACUUGUGAAAGCCUUCAAAAAGAAAUUUGCCUGUAAUGGUACUGUGAUUGAACAUCCUGAGUACGGAGAGGUUAUUCAGCUUCAAGGUGACCAAAGAAAGAACAUUUGCCAGUUUCUUUUGGAGGUUGGCAUCGUCAAGGAAGAGCAGCUGAAGGUUCACGGAUUCUAAGAUGAACCCAAACAUGUGGCGAGUUUCUUAAAUGGUUUUGUUCUCUCAACCUAGUUUGGCUGCCUCGGGGAAGAUGAUUCUCUACAGUAAACGAUGGACUUUGCAUUUAUUUAAUCAUUCAGACUUCCACUCACACCUGCAUGGCUGCAGAAAACACGGGGUAUGUAGGCUCCUGAGCCAUAAGAAAAUUGCGGUGAGAUGGGAACGGAGCCCCAGUUCGUCCUAACAUGUUUCCAAUGGAAAAGGUUUGGUUUUGAGUGUUUAUUGUUCAGUUUAUUUUCACUUGAUUAUUACAUGUUUUUUGUUGUUAUUGUUGUAUUAAACCGUGUAUGUUGCAGCUUAACAAUAAAAAGAGAGUCUGAGUACUUUUGUGAGCAUUCGUGCUCCCAGAUCUAA